AUGUCCGCGCGAGCCGGCUUCCGGUUCUACACCUCGGCGAGACAGUCGUUUGCGCGGUCGCGCUUCGGCAACGCCUUUAAACGCCAGCAGACGACGGCUUCGAACCCCGCCGCAGCCGCCGAGGGUCCCCAGCCAAAUGUCUUCCAGCGCAUGUGGACGAGUGAGGUUGGAAUCAAGACGGUGCAUUUCUGGGCACCUGUAAUGAAAUGGGGCGUCGUCCUCGCCGGCGCCACCGACUUCCUCCGUCCGGCGGAGAAGCUCUCCCUCACACAGAACAUGGCUCUCCUGGCCACCGGGUCUAUCUGGACGCGCUGGUGCUUCGUCAUCCGACCACAGAACAUGCUUCUGGCAGCGGUCAACUUCUGCCUCUUCUGUGUUGGUCUGACGCAAUGCUCCCGCAUCUUUCUCUAUCACAAGGAGCUGACGGGCAGCGCGAGCGGCGCAUUCUCGAACAUGAAGGCGAUUGCUCUCGGUGACGCAAAGAAGGUGGAGACGAAGGCUGUGGAAGUCGAGAAGCAGGCUGAGAAGGAGGUCAAGGCUCACACUUAG